GGUGUCCCCAGGGUGUUCCUGAGUCACUGGGUGACUCCAGAGCUCUGCAGGGCAGUGGGGAGAGCCCUGCCUGCCCUCACCCACACACCCUCCACCCACCCCGCCUGUGGAGCUGCACUGAGCCUCAGCCCGGUUCUUCUGGGGCUUGCACUGGGCUCAGGGGGACCUGGACCUGUGCUUGGUGACAUCCUGGCUCGGAGCUGCCCUGAGGACCUGCUCGGUGCCACCAGACCUGCUCUGCUGCUGGCUGGAUCCCGCGGGGCUCUGCUGCUUCUGGCCUUGUCCCCAGUCCCUCUGCAGCUCUCCUGGAGCCCCUGCAGGCCCUGGAAUGUGCUGGAAGCUCUCCCUGGAUCCUUCUCCUCUCCAGGCCCAGCUGAACUUGCAGCAAACAUGAAGCUGAUUUUCAUCUUCAGUGCCCUCCUCGGGGCUUCCCUGUGCCUGGAAACCUUCGUUGGGCACCAGGUUCUCCGGAUCAAGACCAAAAAUGAGGAGGAGCUCAAGCAGCUGAAGCUUUUGGAAUCGCUGGAACACCUGGAGCUGGAUUUCUGGAUCAACCCCUCUGCCCCUGCCCUCCCUGUGGAUGUGAGAAUUCCUGCUGUCAGAGUCCAGUCAGUGAAAGCCUUCCUGGAAUCCCAGGGCAUUGAAUAUUCCAUCCUGAUCGAAGACCUGCAGGAUGUUCUGGAUAAAGAAAAGCAAGACAUGGUUGAGAGUGCCCAAAGGCAGCGCAGCAGCACCACCUUCGACUUUGGUGCUUACCACACUCUGGAUGAUAUUAAUGCAGAACUGGACCAUCUUGCAUCUGAGUUCAGCUUUGUGGAAAAGAUCCAGAUCGGGGAAUCCUACGAAAAGCGGCCUCUGUACGUCCUGAAGUUCAGCACCGGAGGCUCCAACCGCCCGGCCAUCUGGCUCGACGCCGGCAUCCAUUCCCGCGAGUGGAUCACGCAGGCCAGCGCCCUGUGGAUCGCCAACAAGAUUGCCUCUGACUAUGGAACAGAUGAGUCCAUCACCUCCCUGCUGGACAAGAUGGAUCUUUUCCUGCUGCCAGUCGCCAACCCUGAUGGAUUUGUGUACACUCACACCUCGAACCGCAUGUGGAGGAAAACCCGCUCCAAGAUUCCCGGCAGCAUCUGCGUCGGAGUUGAUCCCAACAGGAACUGGGAUGCAGGUUUUGGAGGUCCUGGAGCCAGUAACAGACCCUGCUCCGACUCCUACCACGGGCCCAGGGCCAACUCCGAGGUGGAGGUGAAAUCUGUUGUUGACUUCAUCAAGAAUCAUGGAAACUUCAAGGCCUUCCUGACCCUGCACAGUUAUUCCCAGCUCCUGAUGUAUCCCUAUGGAUACAAAUGCACCAGGCCAGAUGAUUAUGCUGAGCUGGAAUCUCUGGGAAGAGCUGCUGCCAGUUCCAUCCGCUCCCUCUAUGGCACCACCUUUCAAGUGGGCACCAUUUGCAAAACCAUCUACCAAGCCAGUGGAGGCAGCAUUGACUGGAGCUAUGACAAUGGCAUCAAAUAUUCCUUUGCCUUCGAGCUGCGGGACACGGGGCGCUACGGCUUCCUGCUGCCCGCCAACCAGAUCCUCCCUGCUGCCCAGGAGACCUGGCUGGGCCUGAAGACAAUCAUGGAGUAUGUGAGGGACAAGUCCUCCUGAGAGCUGGGCUGGGACUCAGCUCUCUGCAGCACAGCUCAGAAAUCCUCUGUGGCUGUGAUGGCUGUCAUGAAAGGAAUGGCUGAAUAAACCCUGUGCAUUCCCCCCGUG